AGUGUUUACUUCCUGGCAGGCACAUUUAACAAGAAGGGUUUCAAAAAAGCUUUAAAUUGAUACUAAAAAUACUAGCGACAGUGCAUUCCCAACAUGUCAAAAAUACAAUUGCUCAAUGUGUUUCUGCGUGAGCGAUUGAUAGCGGCUGCUGUAGAGAUAUUUGGAGUAGUUGAAAAUACGAUAGUAGAGUAUCAAGAAGAAAUCUCCCGUUCGAAGGCGGAGAACAAACGGUUACAGAAGCUGUUGGAUUUGGUCAUUAAACCACAAAUAAAGUUACAUAGAGCAGACCCUAGGCAGCAUGUCUCAGAAGAAGAGAUGAGGAGCCUCAGUCUGCGGCAAAGUUCAGAGCCCGAACAAAGUACAGUGGAACAGGACUUCAGGAUGAGACUGGUAGAAGAGCAACUGCAAGGGCCUGAGUCUCAUAGUCAUAACAUAGAGUUUGUGUUCACUCCUCCUUGUGUGAAAAGUGGAUUUGACCAGGACCCUUGGCCCUCGCACCUUUUUAAAACCCAGAUUGUGGAGGACAAUGAGAUUAAUAAUCUGUCGAGUACCCUAGUGGAACACAUGAAAACAGAACCUGAUGGAGAGGGCUGCGCAGUACCAACGAGUGACCCACAGUUCCUGUUUGCAGUAAAUGCACACUGUUCUGCAGCUCCGAGUGAAAACAUGAGCCCUCUGCAACGGAAAACAAAGAGAGGACGACCAUUUAGGCAUAUAGGAACACUGUCUGAAUUAAUGAAGAGACGUGCUUCGUACGAGCGAUUUCGAUGCCAUUUCUGUGGAAAGGGGUUCCCAGCAAGGAAGGGUCUGGGAGACCACAUGACGACUCAUACAGGGGAGAGACCACACAGCUGUCACCUUUGUGGGAAAGGUUUCAAAGUGAAGAGUCAUCUGAACGAGCAUAUCAGGGUUCACACAGGAGAGAAACCGUUUGUCUGCCCAGUCUGCGGGAAAGCGUUCAGGCAGGACGCUCAUAUGAAAGGACAUUUGAGGAGGACUCACAAGGAGAACCCAUACCAAUGCCAUGACUGUGGCGAAAGCUUCAGUCAGAUGGGAGAGCUGCAAGUGCAUAGGACAGUGGCCUGUGGUCCGAUUGUCCUGGGCCUUUGACAUUACUGUCCUUUCCCUGAUGCCUUUGGUGACAGACGUUUUAGUCUGGCAGUCAUGAUAAGGACAAUUGAAAUGUGUUAUUGAAGGAAAAAAGGAAGCAUAAUCUGUCCAUGGAGUAAGAAAAGUUUGAGGGCGAAGCUCCUAUCUUUGCCUAAAUUCAUAAAUGGGAGUGCAUUUCUAGAAAGCAUGUAGCCUAUGUGGUUGGUUGUCUGUACAGUGCUGUGAAAAAGUAUUUGCCCCCUUUCCAAUUUUCUCUACUGCUACAUAUUUUGGAUACUGAAUGUUAUCAGAUCUUGAACCAAAAUCUGAUAUUAGAUGACAGGAACCUGAGUGAACAAUUUUAUUUUUAUAUAUAUAUACACACACACACACACACACACACACACACACACACACACACAAAAGUAUGUGGACACCCUUUCAAAUGAGUGGAUUAGGUUAUUUCAGCCACACCUGUUGCUGACAGGUGUAUAAAAAUCCCGUACUGAAGAGCUCAGUGACUUUCAAUGUGGCACCAUCAUAGCUGCCUUGUAAGUGCUGUUCUUGUGACGUGGGUAUGGAGCAACAACAGCUCAGCCCCGAAGUGGUAGGCCACAUAACCUCACAGAACGGGGCCGCCGAGUGCUGAAGUGUGUAAAGAUCGUCUGUCUUUGGUUGCAACACUCACUACUGAGUUCCAAACUGCUUCUGGAAAAAAUGUCAGCACAAGAACUGUUUGUCGGGAGCUUCAUGAAAUGGGUUUCCAUGGCCGAACAGCCGCACACAAGCCUAAGAUCA